AUGUAUAAAAAAUCGUCUGGGUCUCUAUUUGAUAAAGCUUUUGAAAGCAUGCUAAGGGAAAGUGUAGACGAGUCAGAGCCUGAAUAUAACCCUACAAGGUACCUUCAAGAAUCCCCAGAAAAUGAAGCGUGAGGAGACUUGCAGACUGAGAUUCAAUAUAAAGAUGACAAGCCAGAAAUCGUAAAACAAAGUCAAAAUGACAGUAAAGUUAUCACUGAGCAGCCACAAAUUCAAGCUCCAAAAGUAGGGAAAAUUGCUCAAAAAUAUUUUAAUAUCAGGCCAAAAACUGAGCUUCCACCUGUUGCAAAAGAAGAAGACCAAGAAGCAAUACUAAAAGAUAUUUUGUCAAGUAAAAUUGAAGAAUUAAACUACGAGAUCCAAAAAUUCAAAAAAGACAGUGACCAGCUUAAAAGAGCCAAAAUUUUAUAUGAAGAAAAAUGCAUCAUAUAUUUUACAAAAAAAUAUUAUUUUUUUAUAAAAAAAAUAAAUAAUAAUAAUUAUUAACCCAGAAAAGCAAAAUCAAUACCAAAAAGAGGUAGAAGACUUCGAAAAAAUCAAGAUAAGCGUCCAAGAAGAAGUCGAAAAAGUUUACGAAAGCGAACAAAUGAAAUUAAAGCAAGAAUUAAAAGUCCAUGAAAGAAACCAAAAGGUAUUAGCAAAUUUCCCUAAUAAAAAAGAAAGAGAUGAAAUAGAGAGCUUAACACAAACGCUUAAUAAAUAUCAAGAAGAAGAUAAGCAGAGAAAUAUGAGGUAUAAGAUGAAUAAAGAAAGAGCUGUAAAACAGCUUGAAGAUGCAAAGAAAAGACAAGCAGAGCUGCAGGAUCAAAUUAAAAAAAUGCAGAUUUUAAAGGAAGAGGCACAAAAAGAUCAGCCACAAGUGACAAAUAACCAGAUUUAUGAGGUUAAAAGACCUCAGGAAAUCCAGAAAGUAGCAGAGAAAAAAGAAAUAUAAGGAUAAAUUUGAAUAAAAUAAGAUUAGUAUUAGAAACUAAGCCAAAAAUUCCAGAAAAAUAAUAAAGGGAAUUUAUUUGAUGCUUUCAUUAUAUACAUUUAAGAAUAAAUAACAACUCAAUUAUUUCCAAUCACAGCUAUAAACAAAGUUUCGAAGCUUAUAAAGGUUUAGAUCCUAGCGAGCCUAUAUCCACUCCUGAAUAUUCUGAAGUAAUCCCUGUGAUUUCACAACAAACAACCCCAGAUGGAAAAAUUUUGAAAACCUAUGAAUCUGGGCAUAAAGAAAUCACAUUUCCUAGCGGAGGGAGAAAAGAGGUGUAUCCAAAUGGAUAUUCAGUGGUUUUUCUAGAUAAUGAAGACAUCAAACAAGUAUAUCUGAAUUAUUGCAUAGUAAAUAAUUUAUAAUAACAUUCAAAAAAAAUAUUAAUUUAAUGUGUUUUAAUAUAUUUCCUGACGGAAAAAUCGUAUAUUUUUAUGCCAAACAUUCAGCAAUUCACACAAUUUUUCCGAAUUCAAUGGAAAUAAUAAAAUUCAACGAUGGCCAAAUAGAAAAACAUUAUCCUAAUGGAAAUAAAAAAAUAACUUAUAUAGAUGGAACAGUCCGGAGAAUUAGUGCUGAUGGAGAAGAAGAAACAACGUUUUCUGACAGUACUCGGUAUAUUAGCAAAAUAGAUGGAGAGAAAAUCUUAAUUCAUCCUGGAGGACACAAAGAAGUCACAAUGCCGGAUGGCACAAAAUACAGAGAAUAUGCUGAUGGUAGAAUUCUCUACAUAUAA